AUGGAUCUCCUGCCGCUCUCCCACCAGGCGCUCUUCGCGACCGUCCGAUCCGCGGACGCCGAGGCCGUGCGCCGCCUCCUGGCCGUCGCCGAGGAGUCCGCGCUCUACGUCGCGGCGGAGGCCGGUGCGCUCGAGGUCGUGCACCUCCUCCUCCCGCUCUACGACCUCGAGGCCGCCAAGCUUCGCUCCCGCCUCGACCUCGAUGCCUUCCACGUCGCCGCCAAGCAAGGGCACACCAGUGAGCCCCUCUUCUCGCUCGAUUAG